AUGAAACUUGAAACACAAUGGCGUAAUGAUGACACCUUGCCUAUGAAUAUUGUAUUGUUGAAGCGACAACAAGUCAAACAACUUGAUUUAUACAAUUUCAUUUACUGCACAUUGCUUACAGUUUUCAUCCAUUGUUAUUUGGCAACUCCUUUAUUAAUGAUGCUUUUCAAAAAGUUUAUACUGAAAUACGACGAAGCUUAUAUAACACCUUUAAAAUUUUCUUUACCAUUCGAUUAUCAAGAUAAUAUUAUAAAGUUUAUUAUUAUUUACAUGUUGGAUUAUGUAAUAGCAUGCAGCUUGGCUUACUUGAUAAAUUGUAGCUUAUUUUUCCUCACUGUUACCAUGAAUCAGUUAGGAACUCUGUUUGUGCUACUGCAGGCAGAUUUCCGAGGAAUAAUUCAAUCCAGAGACAAAGAUAUUGAUAUUAAAAUAAAAAAUACUAUUAAACGGCAUUUAAUCUUAUCAGAG